UUUGUGCGGUGGGGGCGCUGCAUGCUCGUGUGUGGCGCAGACAGGGGGUUUCUGCCCUCAAUCACAAUUACUGAAUUACUGAAGCGCAUUUUGUGUGCAGAGCUUCAGGAGUCAAAACAAGCAGCCAGGAUGGGAGUCGAGGUUGAAACUAUUACUCCUGGAGACGGAAGUACCUUUCCUAAAAAAGGACAGACGUGUGUCGUGCACUAUGUGGGCUCUCUGACAGAUGGACGCAAGUUCGACUCCUCCCGGGACCGGGGAAAGCCUUUCAAAUUCAAAAUUGGUAAACAGGAAGUCAUCCGUGGUUGGGAUGAGGGAGUAGCCCAGAUGAGUGUCGGGCAGCGUGCCAAGCUGACUUGCACUCCGGACUUUGCUUAUGGGAGCAAGGGGCACCCGGGCAUCAUUCCUCCCAAUGCAACCCUCAUAUUUGAUGUGGAGCUGAUUGGCUUGGAGUAAAGCCCCCACAAUUGGACUCAGGUUAUUCCCUAUUCAUUCUUUCAGGGUCAACCUUUUUAAGGAACAUUGCUUCAUGCAUGUGAUCCUCAAAAGGGGCUAGUGUUAAUAGCGAUACCACUUAGCUUAGCUCUGUUUUGCAUUUGUAUAUUUUGUUGCCUUUUUAUUUCUUUUCUGCUUGACAUAAUCACUGGUAUACUCUCAAUUAAUGGAAGUUCACCAAGACACACGUUUCUUUUUUUUUCUUUUUUUUUUUUUCCCCUUUCCUUCUCUCUUUUUAUAUUUGAUUUCUGUGUUGUAAACACGAUCACAGCAACAGGGUUGUGGCUGAGCUGGUAAUAAGUACUCUGGUGGGGAAAUCUGGUUAAGUAUAAAACAAAACUACUUGAAAAUAAAUUGUUUAUAAAAAGA